GAAUAUAACAUAAUUGGUCUAUUAUCUGUUAAGCUAGAUGAGCUUCCAACCUAAAACCAAUUGGUACUAAGUGGAGUGGCCCAUCCAUCUUAUAUAUUGCUAAGGAUCCCUUCCAAUAUCCGAUGUGGGACAUUUAUUCCUAAUACGCCCCCUCGAGAUGAUGGCUCUUUGAGCGUCAAUCUCGGAAUGUUCGGGCAAAGAUCGAUGGACCGACUUUGGGCUGAAUCGAUAAUGGAUCGGAUUGGACUGCAUGGAUCGGGCUCUGAUACCAUGUUAAGCUAGAUGGGCUCCCACAUCUUAUCUACCUAACAAUUUAUUUAUUCUAUGAUAAAAUUGAAUGAACAUUUUAAAUAUAUAUAUAUAUAUACUAAAAUAUUUUAUAUGACACAAAUAAACAUAAUUAUUUUUGUAAAAAACAUCAUUAAAGAAGAAGAUAUUAUUGGAGAAUCUGUCUUCAGUUUAGUAGGAAGAUUUCGUGCUAUAUACGGGCUUAAAGGUAUCCUAUUCUAUGAUAUUUGCGUGGGGCUCUCGGACCAAACUAUAUAUUGCCACAAGGCUUAAUAUAAAGUGAUUAUACACUCCGAAAUGAAAUUGAACGCUUUUUAAAAUAUAUGUUUUAUUUUUAUAAAAAAGAUUUAUAAUAUCUUGGGAGUAUACACUCAGAUUGGUUACGAGUUUGAUUUUCAAUAAAAACAAAAUAACUGCUAUUUGAUUAGUUUGAACUUGGAUUUUGGCUCAAGUAGUUAACAUAGUGAAUCAGAAGGUAUUUCAAAUUAGGUUAUACAGUAUAGUAUUGCAAAGUGGACUAUUCCGAAAGUGUAGUCUACUUUGUAAUACUAAAUGUAUUUUUUCCGGAGUCGAACAUAUAUAUUAAAAAAAAGAAGCUUAUACGUAAUAUAUACUUGGAGCACCGUUCUGUAAUACUAUUUAGCUUCACCCAGCUGCUCGUUACGUCAAUCUAAGGUAAUCUGGACUUACGUUUGGCUACGAAUUGACUUUUUCAAAAUUCUACUCAACAAAAAUUUUAAAAGUUAAACUAGAUAUUGACCCGCCCUCGAGAGGGCGGGUAUAUUUUUCUGUUUUUAAAUUUUUUACCUAAUAUAAUUUAUAUGUUUAUGUGUCUGUAUAAUCUUAUUAUUGUAUGAUAUGAAUUUAAUAGAAUAUAUAUUUUUUGUAAGUAUAUUAAAUAAAUCAAAUUUCAUAAGUAUGUAAUUGUGUUUUUCCUUGUAUCAUAUAUGUAUUUUAUGUAUUGUUUUGUAAUCAUAUUUGUGUUUUUAUCUGUGAUUAUAUUUGCGUUUUUUUUUUAAAAUGAUUAGUAAAUUAUUUUGAUAAUUGUAUUGAAUUUAUUAUAUUGUUAAACUAUACAUUUGUGCCAUAACCUUUUAACACAUUAAUAUGGUACUUUAUUUUCAAACAGUAAUGUAUUUUAAAAAAAUAACAAAGUAUUGUUACAAUUUUGUUUAGCAAUAAAACAGUAAUUAAAUAAAUAGAUUAAAUAAAAAAAAAUUUCAUAAAAUUGGAAUUAUUUAAUUUCGUAUAUAAAAAAUGUAGCCGUAUACAUGUGGUGGUUACUCUCAAAAAUUAAAACUAUGUAAACGAUAUAAAAAAAAAAAAGUAAACGGUAUGUUCAAAGUUCAAACUUGUAAGGAGUGGUGGUUAGUUACUUAGUUUCGAAAAAAAAAAAGAUCAUGUAGUAGUUACUUUAAAAAAUUAAAAGGGCAUUACAGUUAUCAUUAAAAAAAUAUGUAUUGUUGAAAUAUCUGUUGGACCCUACUUUUAUCAAUGGGUCACACUGCUGUUUUAAUAGAAUAGAUAACUAAACGGGUUUACAUGGGAAAACGAAAAAAAUAAAAAUAAAAAUAUACUACAAACAAUCUACUUGUAUAUAAACGACGUUGCUCAAAAGGCAUUUCUCGUCAUAUACUUGUCAACGAUAAAAGAGGAAACAAAAUCUCGAAAAGAGAGAGAGAGAGAUAUAUAUAUGGGUCAAGUGCUUCUAUGGACGAAGGAGACCUGAAAGCAGUAGUCAGAGGCUACUCUAGCUCCUCUGAUGUAUUUUCCGGCAAAAGCUCCGAUGAAUUUUCACCUUCGUUUUGUCUUCCGGUUGAGACAGCUAGUUUAUACGAACAGGAGGCGGAGAAAAUCGGUUUAGACGAACUCGGUGUACUCUACAAGCCCUUUUACCCUAGCUCCACACAAACCCUCACGAACUCCGUCUCUGUUCCGGAAGAUUCAAGAUGUUUCCGAGAUGAUAAGAAACACCGCACACAUGGUUGUCUUCUAGCGAGCGGAUCAAGGGUUAACCGCAUCCGAAUCCCUGAAUCAUGGAAGAGCAAGAAGAACCAACAGAAGAGAGUUGUUGAGCAAGUGAAUGAAGAGAAUCUGCUGUCGGACGCAUGGGCAUGGCGUAAAUACGGGCAGAAACCCAUCAAAGGAUCUCCAUACCCAAGGAGUUAUUACAGGUGCAGCAGCUCAAAGGGAUGUUUAGCAAGAAAACAAGUCGAAAGAAAUCCUCAGAACCCGGAAAAGUUCACCAUAACAUACACGAAUGAGCACGAUCACGAGAUACCAACCCGAAGAAACUCAUUAGCUGGUACAACCCGAGCCAAAUCUUCCAAACCUAAACCGUGCAUAACCAAAAAAUCAGGCAAGCAAGUGGUUUCUUCUCCUACAAGUAACCCCGUGAUCACAUCCGGUGAUGAAUCGUCUGUUGUGGUUCAAGCCACGGAGGUUGCAGAAAUGAGUACCUACCUAACAACCGGAGAAAUCGAGGGCACGAGUAAGAGUUUACCAACGGAUUUGUCGUCGGAUACGGGACAUAUUCCGAGUGGUUUCGAUGAAAUAUUGAAUAGCCCAGAGUUCAUAAAUGGGUACUUAUGGGAUUACUAGAGAACGUUAUAUAUUCAAACUUAUAUUGUAGUUGCAUUGCAGCCGUUCAGAAAAUGCAUUUAAUGUCAAGUCUCUAGGAUACUAAAGUUUCGUAGUUUUCAUCUUGUUUCCACCUUAACCUGUAAAUUUAAUCAAAUAAAAUCCUAUACGUUUUUUCUUUCCCGUCAUACAAAAGCCAAGACAAUAAGUUUAUUUUUAAAGAAUUCAGUUACAAAUAUAUUUGUGGGACGGUUAACUUAAUAUCAAUCUAGUAAUCUACUUGGCGCCAUAUUUGGUUUUCAGCUGUAAAUAUGGUUCGUGAAGAACUUUCCCCAUACAUUAGAAAUCAACAAAGGUUAAUCAACCACGUUCAAAUGGCUUGACAUGUUUGAGUAAUGAGAAACUCUUAUUUGAAGACAUUUUGACUCUGUUUAGAAGUGCAUAUAUAAGUCGAGUAUGUGUUGAACUUAUUUAUAGAUACACGCUAAGAUUAUCUUCUGCACUUAUUUAAAUUAAGUUCAACACAUACUCGACUUCUAAGGUAUCUAUCACGUAAAAACCAGAUUUUUAAGAAAAGCUAAAUCACAAAUAUUAAAUUGUAGUUGAGAUUUGUAAAGGAUAAUAAGUAAGAUAUCACAUGAUUUUAGAAAAACGAUCAUAAAGCUAGUAUAUGUGUGAUUGUUGGAAGGGUAUUGAAUUGAAUGUAUGGUUUGAUGUAAUUUUAGAGAUGCUUAUGAUUCGAAUACGUAAAACCGUUUUUUGUCGAGGUUGAAGAUCAUCGCUGUGUUUAGAUUGAAGAAACACAAAUCAUAGUUCUUAAAUGUGGUUAACAUUUCUUUAAAUGUUUGGAUUGUUGUCUAGGUGUGUAGUUUAAGAUUUCCAAAUCUACUUGGAAAAUAAUUAGUCUAUAGCGUAUAUUGUAUAUGUUUGGCCAGGCCGAUCAUAGCUGUGAAUAAAUUUUAGUCUAUAUACACGAUGCAAUAGAUGGACUAAAUGUACAUUUAUAAAGUUUUGUCAAAUGGCCAAAUUGCCGCUAAUGAGAGUUUAAAUUUGAAUUUAAAGUAGUGGCAUUUUAUAUAGUACUAGGUCAAGAUCCGCGCCUUGCG